UGUGCUUACCGGCUGUGAAACUGCAAUUCUGCUGCUUUUCGCAGAGUUUUCGUAUUAUUAUAUCUUUUACAAAGAAAGAUAAUCCUGUCAGGUGCAUUUAUGAAAUGUUAAUUUAUGAAAUUUUAAUUUAGUUUCAAUUACACUUAGGCAAAGGUAUUUUCAAAGUUUUAUUUUUUUGUUGUGAAAGGUUUUGUGGUACAUUAGAUAAUCUGGUCGUUAGUUAGACAUAUUUGGCGAUAACAUUAAUAGAACCGCGUUGCAGAAAUUCUGUCAAAUUUUGGACUUGGUCAGAAAGCAGCUGAAAUGAGUAGCAUUGCCAAAGAAGAACAACGCAGUGUUUCUCCUCAUUGUCCCAAACCCAACGAGUCUGUGGAGCCAGAAGGCACUGCAAUGGAGGAGUCCACUUCAGAAAAGAGCCAGGCUGAAGAGAUCAUCAUUACCAAGGAGAUGGAGGAAGAAGAAAAGCAUUUGAUGGAGGAGGGAGAGAAGAAAGAAAGGAAGAUGAUGGAAGAGGCCAGACAGUCGUGGGAAAAAGAUUCUCAAGAGAUGCGAUUCAAAAGACUUCAGCACCUUUUGGAGAAAAGCAACAUAUACUCAAAGUUUCUGCUCACAAAGAUGGAGCAGCAGCAGCAGGAGGAAAAACGCAGACAAGAAAGACUUGAGAAGAAAGCUUCUAGUCUGAAGCAAAAGGGUAAUGAUAAAAAGACAGCGAAAGUGGAGAAAAAGAAGCGUGGAAGGGAAGAGGAUUACAAAAUUGCAGAUGUGAUGUCCAAAGAGGAAAUUCUGUCAAAGGCUAAAAAACCAAGAAUGGAAGAGGAGGCUCAUACAACAGUCAAAUUGGAAGCUGAGGAUAUAGAGAAGCUGGGUGACUCAAACUCUGAAAUUAAAGGUCGGCUGUCUGAGGCUUUGCGGGAAAACAGUCAGCAGAUGCUGGAUCCAGAGAGAACCGUGAAUGGUCAGCCUGUGCCUGCACAGCAACCCAAACUUUUUACUGGAGGUGUGAUGAGAUGGUACCAGGUGGAAGGCAUUGAAUGGCUCAGGAUGCUGUGGGAGAAUGGUAUCAAUGGUAUCCUUGCUGAUGAAAUGGGUCUUGGGAAAACAAUACAGUGCAUUGCCCAUGUUGCCAUGAUGGUUGAGAAGAAAGUCCUUGGGCCCUUCCUGGUCGUGGCCCCUUUGUCCACUCUUCCAAACUGGAUCUCAGAAUUCAAGCGCUUCACACCAGAGGUGUCGGUCAUGCUUUAUCAUGGAUCACAAAAAGAGAGGAUGGACCUGGUGAAACAGAUCCGCAAGCACCAGGGCCCCCUCAAAAUGUGUCCUGUUGUUGUGACCUCUUUUGAGAUAGCCAUGAGAGAUAGGAGGUUUCUUCAGCAUUUCCACUGGAACUAUCUGAUUGUGGAUGAAGGCCACAGAAUUAAAAACUUGAACUGUCGACUAGUGCAAGAGCUGAAAAUGUUACCGGCUGAUAACAAACUGCUUCUGACAGGAACACCCCUGCAGAAUAACCUGUCUGAGCUGUGGUCUCUCCUCAACUUCCUCCUUCCUGAUGUGUUUGAUGACCUGAAGAGUUUUGAGUCAUGGUUUGACUUAAGCACCAUCACUUCUGAUGCAGAAAAUAUUGUGGCUAGUGAGCGAGAGCAAAACAUCCUACACAUGCUUCAUCAGAUCCUCACGCCCUUCCUUCUAAGAAGACUGAAGUCAGAUGUCACAUUGGAGGUGCCACCAAAGAAAGAGAUUGUGGUGUACGCACCCCUCACCAACAAACAGGAGGCCUUUUAUAUGGCCAUUGUUAACAAGACUAUAGCAAAGCUACUGGGCCAAGAGAAAAAUGAUCUGGAACCUGUGCAGCUAACAUCCAGCGGACGGCCGAAACGCAGGACCAGGAAGUUAGUGGACUAUUCUGAGGAUAGCACUGACUCCGCCCAAGAUCUGGAGAAAUACUUAGAGAAGGUUCAGAGAGAAAUGGAGAAUCAGGAAAGUUCUGGCCCAGUAGUAGAAGUGCAGAUGCCAGCUGACGCUCAAAUCAACUUGAAACUGCAGAACAUAUUGAUGUUGCUAAAGAGGUGCUGCAAUCAUGCUUACUUGAUAGAGUACCCUCUGGGCCCUUCUGGAGAAUAUAAGAUCGAUGAGCAGUUAGUGGAAGCAUCAGGGAAAUUUCUCGUCCUGGACAGAAUGAUUCCUGAACUGAAAAAAAGAGGACACAAGGUGCUGAUUUUUAGCCAGAUGACCUCCAUAUUGGAUAUUCUGAUGGAUUAUUGUUAUCUCCGGGGUUACAAGUACAGCAGACUGGAUGGGUCAAUGAGUUACACAGACAGAGAUGAGAAUAUGAAGAGGUUCUCUUCUGAUCCAGAGGUGUUCCUCUUCCUCCUGAGCACUCGAGCUGGAGGUCUUGGGAUCAACCUCACAGCUGCUGACACUGUCAUUAUAUUUGACAGUGACUGGAAUCCUCAGGCAGAUUUACAGGCGCAGGAUCGAUGUCACCGUAUUGGGCAAACAAAACCUGUGGUGGUGUAUCGCCUCAUCACGGUCAACACCAUUGAUGAGAAGAUCCUGGAGAGAGCAUCUGCCAAGAGAAAGCUGGAGAAAAUGGUCAUUCACAAAAAUAAAUUCAAAGGUUCAAAAGCAGAGCUCAAACAGACAAAGAGUUGCGUGGAUAUAAAUGAGCUGGUGGAACUGUUGAAAUCCAGAGACUAUGACAGGGAAGUGAAAGGCACUAAAGGAAAGGUCAUCAGUGACAAAGACCUAGAGAUCCUAUUGGACCGCAGUGAUUUAAUGGAUCAAGCCAAGAAGCGUGUUAAACAGGAGAAGGGUGGUGUGUUUAAGGUUAUAGAGGCCAAAGAUGAAAAUGGUGACAUCAGUCUGUCUUGAGAAUCAAUGAUACUUGGAACUCACCUUUAGACCAAAGUUGCUAAUGCCUGAACUAAUCAAGCAACUCUAAAAACUGGUCUUAAAACUGACUGCUGGUUAUACAGAAAGAUUAAUGAGAUUAUUUUCUGCUGUGUUAUACUUUUAUGUUAACCACUGCUGCUUUUUAGUUCAUCCCUCUAGUUAUCAGUCUAGCAGUUUUGAAAUGCAAACUCUCAUAUUUGGUAAAUAGCACUAAAAAAGCCUUUAAACUUAGUUACUUGUAAAUACUGUUGUACAUUUCAUGCCUAGUUGACUGAAUAUGAAUAGCAUACAUACAAGCAGAGAAAUGUUCUCUACAGCAGUUUGAACUGCUCUAGAAUGCUGUACAACAUACAGUCCUUUUUUGUAUUGUUUUAUGUGUUCAAAAUAUAAAUGAUUGCAUGCUG